AAUAGAGGGAAGAAACAUGUGAGUUUCAUUCUCCUUUGUUAUCUUUUGGGUAGUGCGGAAAGAGAGGAAUAAGAGAGUUUUUGAGAGGUUGGAAGACGACUUGGAUAGGGUUAGAGAUAAAUGAUUCCAGACCCUAAGUUUUUUUUCAUUACAGAUCAUCCUCUUUACAUAAUGGAGGAUUUUGAGAAACUUAUUGAUAUUUUGAUUGACAUGUAAAUAUUUUUUAUAAACGGACUCGUACCUUCUUGGUGCUUCUAAGGGAACGAAUCCCACCAUACUUUUUAUCUCAAAAAAAGAGGGAGCUGAUAACAAUUAUGGUCUUGGGUAAGACAGGUAUAAAUUUGAGAAGGUUCCAUAAAUCCUCUCAUAGGAAACAUAAUACCCUGUUAGCAAAAGACUUAGAGAAUGAAACCAAUAAUCUCUAAGUCCACUGAGAAAGGAGUGCAAAUGCCCUCAAACUCUCUCUUAUCUAUUUCUCUCCAUAAUGACCCACAGAAUUGACGUAAGAAUGAGAUUAAAGAAAAUUUUCCUAGAUUUACAAGCUUUAACGCCUGACCAUGCUCAAAGUUCUCACGCAACAUACCCUGCCCCAAGUAUUUAAACAAAAUAUUUACUGAAUAUAAUGUAGAACGAAAGUUUUUUGUUGAUAAAAGCACGAGGAGUACAUUUAGAUUUGCUGAAGAUUGUUCAUGCUGCAUUCUUUAACCAUUUUCUGGCUUUUGAUUAUGUUCAGUGAAGUGCGGGUAGAAGGGCUAGAGACAUUGGAUUAUCUUGAUAACCUGAAAGAUAAAGAGCGAUUUACUGAACAAGGGGAUGCAAUAACAUUUGAGUCGGAAGUGGACAAGAUAUAUCUCAGUACACCUACUAAAAUUGCUAUUUUGGAUCAUGAAAGGAAGAGAACCUUUGUCUUGCGGAAGGAUGGUCUUCCAGAUGCAGUGGUGUGGAAUCCAUGGGAUAAGAAAGCAAAAGCAUUGUCUGAUUUUGGAGACGAUGAAUUUAAGCAUAUGCUGUGUGUAGAGGCUGCCUGUAUUGAAAAGCCAAUUACCUUGAAACCUGGUGAAGAGUGGAGAGGGAGACAGGAACUUUCUGCUGUUCCUUCCAGUUAUUGUAGUGGACAACUUGACCCGCAAAAAGUACUACUUAUUGGCUAAAAGCUAGUCUUGUGUUGAUGCAACUCCUGUACAGGCACUAUUCGGAUUUUGUACUCAGGAUGCUGCUGUUAGUGGAUUCUGGCCAGGAUUUUUUUGGAGGGCAGAGUUCAAAGGUGAUGAAAAAGAAGUCUGCUUUUAAUCUCUUUGUAAAUUGCUUCAACUUUUACCCCACACUAAUCAACAGCAUCGCUCAUGGUUGUCUCUAUUGAUUUUAUUUUUCUAGAAAAAAAUUGUUUUCAAUAUUAUCGCAAUAUUUCUUAUCGGGGAAUUGGGUAAUUUUCCAGUUAACUAUCAAUUUGAACCCGAAUAGUAAGAUUAUCCGA